AUGAUGCUGAAAGAUGGAUUACAAGUCCAUUAUCUGGUUUUGGGGUUUUGUAAGACGACGACGACGACUACUUCUACUACUACAGCUCCACCACCUAGACGACCCAAAGCCAAAAGUGGCCCAUUAGGGUUAGGUGGGACAACGACAACAUCAACAACACCUGGUGGAGUUCAUAAUUACUUUUCAAACUAUUCACCUGCUUUAUUACCCGAAAAUGGAAGCUCCAAAAAUUUUCUCACAACAGGGGUUUUAGUCCCUGAUCAUGGAUUACCUUUUCAUCAUGGAGUUGUUCAAUCUCCUAACAUUCCUGGAUGGUCCGAAUUGUUAAUUGGAUCUCCAUAUCCUGAUUCCCAAGAUGAAAAUGGUGUUUCGCGUGUUGUUUCACGGAGAGAUAUGGCGACACAAAUGAGCCCUGCGUCACUAUGA